AUUUUCAGAUGAUGGUGAUUAGGGCUUCGAAUUUAUUUUCGCGGUUAUAGGUGAGAGUCUAGCUUGAAGACCGUUAUGCUGGUCACUUUGGCUUGCACGGGUCGGUGAAAAUAAAUAAGAGCGGAUUCUGAUAUUCCGGGUGGAGACGGAGGGAGAUAGCGACGCUGGCAAAAGAAUAGGGCCAUUGUAUGACGAGGGUAAUUCGGACUUUGGACUAAGUGACAGGGAUCCGUGCUGGCAAUUUUCUGUAUAGAUCAGGUCGGCUGGCCUAUCUGAUAAUAACCGGACAGAUUAAUCUAAUCUGAUUACUGCCAUCGUUCGGAUGGAUUCCGCUCGGCUAUUCAAUUGUCUCUCGCCUUGGCAGCAUCAUCGUCCUCCAUUUGUCGGCAAUUUUCAGCGAUUUUUCAGCGGUGGCAUCACUCGAAGGGCCUACUUCAAGUCCGAUGUCGAGAACGGUUGCGGGCCGAAUCACGUUUGUGACGACGUCUUCCUCUUUGGGGUGCUCAGCGAACAUGCCGUCCCACUCCCAGGAGUUGGGCUAUCGAUCGUGCAUAUGCUCUGAUACUCUGUAGGCUGUGCCUCCUUUAUCUGCACACAACAUACAUAAGCCGCAUGCAAAGUGUCAUACCUACGCGCGUUUAGCUCCUAUCUUCCCGUACGCCGCUGCCCCGUUUCCUUUUCCCAUGCAGACACCUGGUCCACCCUUUGCGGACUACCAGUUCAUCUCCCUUCCGGAUCUCUCCACCCUACGACACGCGCCGUCUUCUCGAGAGCUUAUUUCCGUCCGCUCGGAUGCCGACUGUUCGGAGGAGAUUGUCCUAGUCGCUCUUGCCCGCUGCCUGGGCGUGUACUGUGCUGCAAGUGAUGUCCUGCUCGGGUGGCAGCCAGUAGGCAGCCCAUGUGCCAUGCGGCAGGUCACAGCAGCUCGAGUUAACUGGGCUAAUUCAGAUAGCUACAGAAGCGUCGUGGAGAACCUAGUCCUGCAACAGACCGAGAAUAACCCCGAUAGCAUCCGAAGCACUCUCGGAAUUCAGUUAGAUGACGGCUUGCAGCCAUUUUUAGCCGUCCUUACUCCCAACCUCGAUUAUAACCAUCCACUUAUUGCUGCAUACGCGAAGAAUGCUGGAAGUAAAAGUCAUACAUGGACUUUGACAUUGAAAUACUCGACUUUACGCUUUCAUGCAUCAACUGCCGAAUUGCUUGCCAAACAGGUCUGUGCAGUGGCGACGCGCAUAGCAGAGGACCCCGCAUUUCCACCUAAGCACCUUGAUUUUCUUCCUGAUGAACUGCUUUCUAUCGUACCUGUGCGUACAAAUGGGUCGUCAUAUACGCACUAUCCUGAGGUCAGAACCGUCGCAGACUUCAUUCCUCGGCACGACCCAUCGGUGGUCGCCAUUGAGUAUUAUCCCGACCUUUAUGAUGAGGAUCCGGUUUCCUUUGACCGCGUUGUAACGCAUAUGACGUACGGCGAGCUUGAUAAACAUUCGAAUCGCUUCGCGGCAUACCUGUGCGCCCAGGGUCUCGGGCAAGAGGACCGUGUAACAUUGUGCAUGCCUCGCGGCAUCGAGUUUCAUGUGGCUAUGAUGGGUGUAUUGAAAGCCGGGGGAUGUUAUGUUCCUAUUGAUCCCGAACUCCCUGAGGAGCGUCAGAGAUUUAUCAAUGAAGAUUCGAACACACGUUUCAUUUUCACCGCUGAGAACAUUGCGGAACAUAUGAGCGCUUCCAAGGAAUACUCGUCCGAUGACAUCAACAAUGCACGGAGCGAUGGACUUGCAUACCUUCUUUACACGAGCGGGACGACGGGCACUCCGAAAGGCUGCCUAUUAACGCACGACGGGUUUUCACAAGCAAUUCACGCUUUAAGUUGGUUUGCGAACCAGGCUGGGCCAAAUAAACGUCGGUGGCCUCAAGCUGGACGGUAUCUUGCUGUAGCUUCUAUUGCAUUUGAUGUGCAUUUGGCAGAGACCUUUGUUGCUCUGUCUCUCGGUAUGACACUUAUAUGUGCGCCACGCUCGCAGUUGCUAGAGGAUCUGCCCCGCUGGCUGCAUCGUCUGCGCGUAACGCAUGUCGGUAUUGUCCCGAGUCUAAUCGAAGCGACAAUGCACGCCGUUGCAGAAUCUGCUGAACUUUCUGCUGGAGGGCAGAACUCCGGGGUAGAAGGACAGUCAAUGGAGCUGGCUUACAUUGCUAGCGGUGGUGAAAAGAUGAGCGACUCGAUUUUGGACAAGUGGGCGGACCAUCCACUCGUGACUUUAGCAAACUUUUACGGCCCAAGUGAAGUUACAAUCGGUUGUUCUGCACGCCUCAUGACGUCUGCCACGCGGAAAGAAAGUAUAGGUCGCAUAUUUGAGAAUUGCUCUGCGUAUGUAGUCGACGAGAACCUCAAUUUGGUCAUUCGAGGAGGAAUGGGUGAGCUUUUGGUGGGUGGACGUCUUGUCGGACGAGGGUAUCUAAACCGUCCAGACCUGACUGGGAAAUCCUUCAUCAAUUAUGCACACGGUCCAAAUCGUGAAAGAGUUUAUCGUACAGGGGACCUUGUUCGACUCAUGCCAGACGAUACCUUGGAGAUACUUGGCCGUAUUGAUACCCAAAUUAAGCUUCGCGGUGUGCGUAUCGAGUCUGAAGGCGUUUCAUCUGUCAUACGGAAGGCUGCCACUGAAGUUCCCGGAAUGAAAUCCAAGACGGUGCCAGACGUUUCUACGAUUCUUUCUCGUCAUCCUCAGCUUAAGACGGACCAACUUGUUUCGUUCAUUGGCCUGGAUUCUUCUAAGUCUGUCGCCCUCAGACGGAAAGAGCAACCGCGCGUCCUUAAUAGCGUUCCUAAGGGCCUAAUGCGCGCACUUAAAGAAGCGUGCGCACGAGAAUUAGCGAGCUAUAUGCGGCCUGCCCACAUUGUUCCACUUGACUUUCUUCCAAUGAAUCAAAACGGGAAGACGGACAAUAAAGCGCUUGAUGCACUUUUUAGGUCGGAGACGCUCGAAGUCCUCGGACGUGCGAAUGCGCAAAGAGGAGAUGAGAGCGCAGAAGUAGGAGUACUGACUCGCGAGCUGAAUGAGAAGGAGGCAGAAAUCGCCAAAUUGCUAUCCCGGCAUAUCGAUGUUGGCCACGCUGAGCUCCAGCCUUCGUCGAAUUUGUUUCAGCUUGGAUUUGAUUCAUUGAAGCUUGUGCGACUCGCCGCGCAACUCCGUUCUUCUCAUAACACCAAAUCGGUAUCCGUUGGCAAUAUUAUCCAACAACCAACUAUAGAAGGUAUUGCGGCUCUACUAGUUGACGUGAGGACUGCCGAGAAAGGAAUUUCCCGCAGCUCUGGUCUUGACAAGUUUUUGCGGCAAUGGCGGUCAGAAGUCGAAGGAACAUAUGGAACCGAAAAGGUUGAGCAAGUUUUACCGACCUUUCCUGUCCAAGACGGUGUCUUGUAUCGUUCUGCGGACCUUAGCACGCUGUACAUUCAGCACGUAGUACUGAAGAUCCACAGUAGUGUCGACAUACAGAAGCUGAAGCGUUCCUGGGUUGCGCUCGUGUCUCAGCAUGAGAUUCUCCGAACCGUAUUCCACUUCUCCUCAUCUUUGGUUCAGGUCGUACUAAAGCCCGGAGUAUGCGACUUGCCUUGGGUGGAACGGAUGAUCCAGGCGGAUAAUAAUGAAAACUUUCAUGCCUCGUUUUUAGAAGGCGAUGCGCUAGAAUUCGCUCGGACUAUUAAUGAGAACAUCAGCUCUUCGCCGGCGUUUCAACUGGCUUGCUAUCGUGCUGAAGACCAGUCAGCAACUUUCCUAACUUUGUCUAUUCACCAUGCCAUAUACGAUGGGAUCUCCCUCCCCCUUCUUCUCCAAGAUGUUGAGGCGAUCUACUUCCACGAGAAUCCGCCGCCUCCUGUGCCAAUCCUCCAAGUACUUGACGCGGUGCACGAUGUGGAUUUGGAUGAAGCGACUGCCUUUUACAAAAGGGAAUUUCAUGGAUUCAAUUGGUCUAAAAUCCCAAGACGUCUGGCUUCUGGAGAGACGGCUAAUUUUGUUCGGAAGAGUUUUAACGCACAGCUUAGUUGGUGGGAACAAACCGCUGCCAAAAUCAAAGUUUCUUUACAAGCCGUAUUGACUGCAGCCUUUGGGGUGACUCUGGGGGAACAGGUAUACGGGGUUCCCGAUGUUGUGUUCGGCGUCAUACGAUCUGGUCGCUCUUUUGCAGACGACAGUAUCAAUGAUGCUCGGGCGCCACUGUUAACUGUGGUUCCCACCCGCAUCAAUGCUAACCUUGGUGCGGACCUUCUACAAACAGUGCAACGUAAUAUCGGUGCCGUCCUUGCCUAUGAGCAUGUCCCAUUGAGUCGCGUACAAAGCUGGGUGCAGCCGGGUCGAGCAUUGUUUGAGGUUCUUUUCUCUGUCUCGGUAAACGAUGCAGAGCCAACGAGACUGUACGAUGUCGUUGAAAGCAGGCAACCGCAUGCAGACUACAUUCUCGCCGUGGAAGUAGUGUUUGACAAGACUAAUGGGCAAAUACGCAUCGACUGCGCAUUCACUGAGCCUUUAAAGCGUCAUGACGUCUCUCGCUUUCUUCAAAGUCUUGAAGGGACAGCAAAGGCUUUGGUGGAAGGUAAUCACAGAGCAACCAUGCAGCAAUCCCUCUUGUCGGACGAGGAGGCAAUUGAAGCAGAAAGUGAUUCGGGAUAUGCGUCUGAGGCUUCCGUAGAUGACACCCUUGAGGAAAAGAUCCGCCUCAUAGUUUCCGGAUUCCUUAAAAUCGGGAAUGACCAGAUCUCGAGUACCACAUCACUCAUAGCACUUGGCCUGGAUUCAAUAAGGUCUGUCGGACUGUCACGCGCUCUCCGUCGAGAUGGAAUUGAGAUUACAUCGCUUGAUAUAAUGCGCCAUCCAAGUAUUCGACGCAUCGCUGCCCGCUCUUCGAAUCGCGACAACUCUUCGAACAAACAGAGGGACGAGGAGGAAAACCUAUUAGCUAGCAGACGUGCACUCAUAGCUUCACACGUAAAUGUAGAACCUCUGAAGCUUGGCGAAGCGGAUGAGGUUGAGUUAUACCCAACAACCAUUCUGCAAGCUGGCAUGCUAUCUCAAACAAUCAAUUCUGGUGGCAAUUUAUACAUACAUGCUUUCCCAUUCCAGUUAUCUGCAACAAUAGAUACUGAUCGUCUGCAACUUGCCUGGAGAAGUGCGGCUCAGUACUUCAACAUUCUUAGAACGUCAUUUCACUUUGUGGAGAAGAUGGGCGCAUGGAUCCAAGCCAUACAUUCCGUCUAUAAUCUUGACUGGUGCGAGGUGAACGAGUGCGAUGGAAAAACUGUACUCGAUGUGGCCGAAGGGUGUAUCAGAGACUUGGACUUGUCGUCAGAAAGCAAGUUUUCGAAACCGCCGGUCUUCGCGCGACUAAGUCGUCACAUUGGAGGGAAUCCUAAGGAGCCGCAGUCUAGCACUUUGAUUCUUAUUCUUCACCAUGCAUUGUAUGAUGGGAUAUCUAUAACUCAGCUUUCGGAGGCGGUAAGGCAGUUCUAUCAUGACGAAACGCCCUCUCCGUCGCCUCAAUUCGUGGAUCUCUUGGGAUAUUUUGAAUAUCAAGAUCUCUACGGGUCGGAGUUCUGGAUCAAACAGCUACACAGAUUCAAUCGUCCAGUCCUUCCUCGAAAGGCUCUUCGUUCCUCGAAUUCCAAGUCCUUGUCCGCUAGAGCAGAGAUCCGCCUCCCAUUAUCCCGCAUGCAGGAAGCUUCCAGCAUCUACGAUGUGACAGUACAAUGCUUCGGUCAGGCGUCAUUUGCUAAAGUGCUUUCUACGUUGUAUAAUGAACGUGAUGUCGUUUUCGGUCAUGUCGUCUCUGGGCGAAAUGUGCAUCGGGCAGAAGAUGUCCUUGGGCCAAUGAUCAGUACGUUACCGCAUAGGUCGCGGAUUAUUUCAAACGUCAAGAACCUAGACUUCGUCCGUUCCAUCCAUGGACAGAAUUUAGAAGCGCAAAAAUGGCAACACGCAUCAUUACGGACAAUACAAAGAAAACUCGGCAUGAGAACACUUUGGGAUGCCAUUUUCCUCUUCCAACCGAUGAUAGAUGAUGGCUCUAGAGAAGAAGACGAGCUAUGGGCUUUUGACGAUUCCGAGGAUGAGAUUGCGAAGAUACAGUAUCCUCUGAAUAUCGAACUUCACCAACACCUGGACUGCCUCAUCGUAAAGGCAGCGUGCCAAUCUGAGUUUUUCAAUGAGAGUGAUUUGGAUGUUAUAGUUACAGGAUUUACCCGGUCGUUUACGCAGUUAGUCGACGAGCCAUCGGCGUAUACCCUUCCUCACCUUGCCGUUGACGAUGAAGAACGGAAUCAACGUGAACAGACGGCCGAUCACGAUCGUGCAAAAUCUCCUGUUAUUGACGAGCGAGUAUCAAAGUUCAUCGAAGUCCUAGCAUCAUGUGUUGACGUACUGCGCGCGUCCAUUGAACCAAACACAUCCAUGGUAUCCCUCGGUGUUGACUCUAUCACAGCUAUCCAGAUUUCUUCGAGGGCACGGAAGCUCGGCUUGCAGUUACAGGCCACAGAUGUACUGCAUUGCCAAGCACCACAGGACGUGGUAAAGAUCCUCCAACGCAAGGGUUGCAAAACGAAUGCACGAAGCUCUUCUCAUAUGGAACCUCAGCUUGUAGAAGCAUUGGUGGAACGUCUUGGUUCUGCAAAAGAGGCGGUGGAUGGAGUCUAUCCUGCAUCUGCAGGCAUGGAAUGGCUUAUUGGCAUGUGGCAGCUAAGCGAUCGCGCCGGUUUCCAACAUGCAUUUGCUUUCGCACUCCCCUCUGAUAUUGAUGAAGAGAAGCUCAAGCGUGCCUGGUUUUCGCUUGUCCAGAGUCAACCUAUCCUGCGCUCGACAUUCGUAUCCGGUCCCGAUAAAACCACGCAUAUAGUAACGUUCAAGGAUACGUCCCCGGAGCGUCAUUGGUCGCGUCGUGAAGCAGCAAAUACACAGUGUGCACCGGAUGUCGUCGAAACUAUCACGAAAGAACUCGUUUCAAAUCCUCUUUCCACCGACUUACCCCCCUGUCAAGCUGUCUUUCUGAGGACGCCCGCACGAAGUUACUUAAUUCUGCACCUCCAUCACUUCCAGUACGAUGCGUGGAGUUUACGUUUGCUCAUGGAGGAUCUCCAGCGCCAGUACGAGGGAAAUGACGCCGUUUACCAAAGGAAUGUUUCUCUGUUCUUAGAAAAGUGCAAUUCCUCGCACACCAAAAACGAACAAAUGCAGUACUGGAGAACGUAUCUGACGUCGCCUUUCGUUCCGUCGCUAUUCCCCAAACGUAAAAAUCGCACCAUGAUUGAACACAAUAGGCUCUUCUACAUUGACCGACAUGCGGUACGGGAUGUCAUUCGUUUACGCGAACAAGCUCAAGACGUGUCCACAUCCUUGAACGUCAUUUUCUUAGCGUGUUGGGCACAGGUACAAGCGAAAUACUCCAAUGCGAUUUCAGCCACCUUUGGGUUAUGGCAUUUGGGUAGAGGUGGAGUAGUCGAUGACGUCGAGUCCUUACCAAUCCCAUGCAUGAAUGUCCUCCCGAUACAUGUUGAGAGAGUCGAUAUACCUUUGCGUCGGCUAGCAGACGAGAUACAAGCAACACUUAGAGAUCGCUCUGCCAUCGUCCAACAGAGUCACCUCGAAGACGUAUGUCGCUGGACUAAUGCAGACACAGAUCGCGCAAUGAUGAAUGUAUUCGUCAACGUUGUCGCUACGGCUGAACUGAAAGAUAAGAACUACUAUGAAUUCCUUAGUCCGGUUGAAUUACCAUAUUUCAUCCCUCGAGUUCAAGAGGCCGAACAGCGGCCAACGGUAGAUAGAUUAGCUGUUUGUAACAUCAUAGAAGACGCCGUGUUGGUCGACUUCGCCGUUAUUGGAGAAGAUGUAACUAUGUGUAUUGAAUACAGAAACGACUACCUUGACGACAAGACGAGUCAGGGUUUGGUGUCGGAUUGGGCAUUACUCGUGGAAGAAACCUUAAGAUAAAUUAAAAGGCAAUAAUAUUGCUCAUUAUGGAUUUCCAAGUAUCAUUGCUAGACACUUACAGGAUUGUAGAAUGAAAUUAAAGCACACUUUGUAUUAUUCACGAUCACUUAUUUUGUCCCUGUGUGAUGCGCCCGUGCAAUUGCCAGACACUCGGUUUCCAUGCCUUUCAACCAAACGACUUCAACGCCAGCAUCCGCCAACUUCUUGGCCCCCUCACAGUGUACGAAGUCAUCUGGCUCGCCAACGCCGAUUACACAUCGAGAUACCCCAGCUUUGAUCAGCGCGUCCGCGCAUGGUGCCAGCCCGGACAGGCGGACAGAGCAAGGCUCCAUCGUGGUGUAGACAUGUGACCUUCGUAGGAGAUUCUCAAUCGAUGGCUCGCUUCCAACGUACUCAUGGGACGAUACAGAAGCCAAUAGUUCACGAAGCUGCUCUUUGGGUAGCGCACGAACCUUUUCGAGCGCAUUUGCUUCCGCAUGAGUGUUUCCUUCUAGUUCUCUUGAAUAACUCCGGGAGAGGAUGAUGGGCCAGGCGUCAUUCAACCGAAUCACCAGGACACAGCCGACGGAAAACGCGGUAGGCUUCGGCUCGCAUUUACGAGCCUCCUGCAAAGCCAAGGACAUCAUUUCAAGAUCAAAAACAUCAGCCAGAGACGAGUCUGCAGGUUUGGGCAUGGUGAU